UUUAAUUCGCAGUAACGGUUUGAAUGAAAAUCAGCAUACAGAGUGCGUUCCGUCGACCGAGUUUGGGAACCCCUGUCAACGGUAAAUAGGAACGAGUUACUAAAUGUAAAGGGUUUAGCAAUCCACGGACUUCGAUUUGGGGGACAGGAAGCAAAAGUAGUUGUACGAGAAAUAUGGCGGCGCCCUGUAAACAUGUCUUAACUAUCUAACUUGAACGAGUUGCCUCUUACCGCUUUAGAAUGAAUUCAGUGUGGUAAUUUCUUGCUGGCAUCAUUAGUAAAUUAUGCUAAUCAUUAGACACAAUGUGGAAAAAUAUGAAGUAUGUUCGAGCAAAAGGACUAAGCCAGAUAUCAUUGAUUGGAAUUCAUUUAUUCGCUCCCAAAACAUGCUGUUUUGGAUUAUGGCGGAUUCGACGGGCUUUCUCGAACUACAGCAGCAGUGUAUAUAAUACGGACCGUUCUGUCCAGAAAGACCGGAGAACGGAACCACCUUGGAAGGUUCUGUUCUUCGGGACGGACGAGUUCGCUCUGGAAUCUCUGAAGAUUCUCUAUGCUUCAAGACAGGAAUCUAGUGACAGAAUCGUGGAAUCCCUUGAAGUGGUGACCUUAGACAAGGACCUGCCCGUUAGGAGGUUUGCCAAUGCGAAUAAACUUGUGGUGCACGACUGGCCGCAUGUAAAUCCACAAGGACGGUUCGACGUGGGUGUGGUCGUGUCUUUCGGCUGUUUACUUCGGGAGGGUUUGAUCCGUCAGUUUCCGUAUGGGAUCCUGAAUGUUCACCCUAGCCUACUACCACGGUGGCGAGGCCCGGCCCCGGUGUUCCACACUGUCCUCCAUGGAGAUGCUGUCACCGGAGUCACUAUCAUGCAGAUUAGGCCAAACAGGUUUGAUGUGGGACCUAUUCUCAGUCAAGUCGUCUGCCAGGUUCCUGAGCACUGCACUGCAGAGCAGCUGGGAGCCAGUUUGGCCACUAUGGGAGCCUCUUUGUUAAUUGACACUCUGAAGAGUCUUCCGGAGAGAAUAGCAAACAGGAAAGAGCAGUCGAAGGAAGGUGCUACUAGUGCUCCCAAAAUCAACAUUGACAUGAGCUGGGUGGUAUGGGAGGAACAGACUUGUGACCACAUCAGCCGUCUGUAUCGUGCCAUUGGCUCACGGGUCCCACUAAGAACCCUUUGGAUGGGAGACUUGAUAAAGCUUUUGGACUUUGUGGGGAAAGUCAGCCUAUCAGAAGCUGAAGAAGGAGCAGUGCCAGGAUCCAUACUAUUCCAGAAGAAGUCAAACACACUGCUUGUUCGCUGCAAGGAUGGCUGGGUUGGAUUCAGAACCUUAAUGCUGAGGAAAAGGCUUUCAGCUGCUGACUUUUACAAUGGCUACCUUCACACCUUCUUCAUAAAGAGACACAGCCUUCAACAGCAACACUGCCUGUUCCAGAGCAAAUGGACCCAAACAAGAACAGCCUUCACGCCUAAACACUCCCAGACUGAGCGCACACAACUGGAAGUGUUUGUUACUCAAGACUGAUCUGUAAACUUGUUUGCCACAAAGAAAUUGUCUGUUUUAAGACGGUGUAUUCUAAUGAAAUGUUUUGUAGUGUUGUAUAAUCAUCAGCCCACAUUAGCAGACUAUGGCUGAAUGUGAGAUGGGAUUGUUGAAAGCUGGCUUGAUAGUUAAGAUUUUUUAAUAAAAAAAACAAACGGAUAAUGUUGACAGUGCUAUGAUUUGCACAGUUUUGCAAUUAUGGUUACGAGCAGAACCUUGAAUGUUUUAUUGAUUGGGCAGACGCGAGGAUAUGCACAGAAUCACCCUCUCACAUGUAAGGGUGUGACAUUUUCAGUGUCAUCCGUUACUGGUUUUAGACCCAAUAAAACCGGGUUCAGACAUGUGCAUGUAUUGCUGCCAAAGCAUGUCUAAGAACCAGGAAUGUUAUCGAAUGGAGCGGCUUGCUUGCCACCCGUGUGUACAUCACAACCACAUUUCAGAAACCUUGAGGAUGGCCUCCCUUUUCAGGCUCAGAGACGAGACUACGCUGACUCGCACUGUAGCAAAACAUUUAUUUAUUUUAUUGGCUGUACCCUGAGUGGAGCUUAACCACACCCUUGACAGUGCAAUAAAAUGCUUACAUUA